GCCUAGAUCGGUUCUCUCUCACCCUUCGUUCUGCAACCCGCAUACAUAAACCCCGCUUCGAUUAAUAGGGUUUUAGUCAAUAGUUACUACAGAGAACGAGAGCGAGAAAAGCCGAGGAGCAGAAGAGGUUAUCAUAAUGGCUUUCUUUAGUAAAGUUGGAAACAUACUGAGGCAGACUGCAAGCAUGCAGUUAAAUACUGAGCUCUCCGCAUCUAAACCUUCUAUCUAUCAAGCAAUUCGAUACAUGUCCUCUUCAAAACUUUUUAUUGGAGGUAUUUCAUACAGCACAGAUGAGCAGAGUCUGCGAGAAGCUUUUAGUAAAUAUGGUGAAGUUGUUGAUGCAAGAGUUAUUGUUGAUCGUGAGACGGGCAGAUCAAGAGGCUUUGGCUUUGUUACUUAUACCUCUAGUGAAGAAGCUUCUAGUGCCAUCCAGGCCUUGGAUGGACAGGAUCUUCACGGUCGUCGUGUCAGGGUUAAUUAUGCCAACGAUAGAGCUCGAGGUGGUUUCGGAGGAGGUUAUGGAGGAGGAUUUGGUGGCAGUUCUGGUGGUUAUGGUGGCGGUUAUGGUGGUGGCUACGGUGCUCCUGGUGGUGGUUAUGGCGCUUCUGGUGGUGGUUAUGGCGCUUCUGGUGGAAACUAUGGAGGCAAUUCUCCUUAUGGUGGUAGUGGUGACAGCUACGGGAACAACGGUUUCGGCAGUGAGGGAGCCGAUAACUCCUUUGGCACUGGUACUAACUAUGGUGGUGGGAACGUGAAUUAUGGUGUUGCAGGUGGUGCCGGUGGUAGUGACAACUGCGCUAGCAGAGGUACUGGUGGUGGAUUUGACGGAAGUGCCGGAUUGGGAUAUGGUGGUGGUAACCAAUUUGGCAGUAGCGAUCAGUUUACUGGAGGCGAUCAGUUUGGUGGGAGUGAAAAUUUGAGCAGCGGAGAUCAAUUUGACAGCAGUGAGAGCAACAACUUGGAUGAUACCUCUGGAGAUCAUGGUCAGGGUGAACCCGCGACUGGAAACUGGAGGGAUGAUGAUGAUACCAGUGAAGCCAAAAGAGCCUAAAAGAGUUCCUUUCCAGUUGGAAAGCUACAGGGCCUGCAUCUUCCAGUUACCGCUAGAAGAUUGUUUUUGGUUCUUUUUCUUUUCUCUUGGUCUUUGGUAGGCGCCCUCCUGCUUCUCUGAACAUUUCCUUUUUACAUUGUUAAUCCUUCAUUGAUGCUGGAUAAUUCUUAGAGUAUUUUGUGAAGGAGAAAAGUUGGAGUUAAUUAGGAAAUAAUUAUGUCUCAAAUCAUCCAUGUUUUAUGGUAACACUUGUGUUUCUAUUAGCAUUUUUAUAUUUCUAGGGUUUGGUCUU